AUGGUUAAGCAAGUCGAACAAGAAGAGGAGGAGGACAAGGAGCAGUGGGGCCUUUUGGAGAAGUCCUUCUCCGGCACAGCUGGGCAGAAGGGUCCCGAUCAUCAUCUUGAGGCCUACUUAAAUGAAAGGCUCUUUAACAAGAACAAGGAGGAGGAAGAAAUGAAAGAGAAAACUCGGGAGGAACAACUCUACGAGGUGCCAUCCAACCUGCAGGUCCCUGACGCAGCAGCAAGUCAGGUUGACAAGAUGAGUUGGGUGGCUGGCUUGGCAGAGGUCGCCCUGCCUGUCGAGUACAAGCUCAAGAAUAUUGAGGAGACGGAACGAGCGAAACGGGAGUACCUUUAUGGAGCAAGCGCCAACUCGAAGCCGGGUGCGGUUAUUGAGACGGAUGCAGUCACCCGAAAAGCUUUCGGAUCGAGGUUUGCCAAUGUGGGCAGCAAAGAUGACUCCAAG